GGGGAAGAUACCCAGAGGCUGCUAAGGAGGAGCCUUUUUGCAUCCCAGUUCUCAGCCUCUGCCCAUUCUGUGUGGCUCCUGAUCUAGGCUUGGAGAAGUCUGCGCUGUCUCCCUCUCUGCCUCUCUCAAGGAUCCUGUCUGCCAGGACACGGAUAACCCAUCAGAAGGACAAGCGGAAAAACCCCCCAACAAAAAACACAAAAAAGGAAAAACACACACCAACCAAAAAAAAAAACACGGACGGAAGGAACGAACCGAGGAGAGUGUCCACCAGCUCCGGGAUCCAAGAUUUUAAAACGAAGUUAGUCUCUCUGCAAGGUGUAUGGUACUUUUCACAUUUCUCGACAACAGCACUGAAUUGUUCAAGGUAAAUUAUGACCACUCUGCUUUUAGUGUUUGUCUGUUUGCGGGUGAUCGCAGCAGCUAUAUCUGUUGAAGUUUCCGAUAAUGCCAAGGCACUGAGUGUGAAGAUUGCUUCGCAGUCCCCACUGAAUGCUGUGCUCGCCAGCUCCGUGGCCUUCCCCUGCUACUUCCUCACCUCCGCGCCGCUCUCCGCCGACUCUCCGCUGGCAUCUCUGCUGGAGCCAAGGAUCAAAUGGACCAAGAUCGCCAAAGGCGGGAAGGAGACGGUCAUCGUCGUGGCGACGUCUGGCAAAGUCAAGAUCAGCCAAGAGUACAAAGGGCGAGUCAAGCUCCCGAGUUACCUUGAUAUCCCCAACGAUGCCACCUUGGAACUGGAUAAAGUGCUGUCCAGCGACUCAGGAAUGUACCGCUGUGAGGUGAUGCACGGGAUUGAGGACAGCCAGGAUGUCGUAGAGCUGGUUGUCAAAGGCAUCAUUUUCCAUUACCGUGCCAUCUCCAGCAGGUACACCCUCAACUUCUACAAAGCCCAGCAGGCUUGUGUUGACAACACUGCCACCAUCGCCACCCCAGACCAACUGCAAGCAGCUUACGAUGAUGGCUAUGAUCAAUGUGAUGCAGGAUGGAUGGCUGACCAAACUGUAAGGUAUCCAAUUCAUGAUCCGCGCGAGGGAUGCUACGGUAACUUGGACGAGUACCCAGGAGUCAGAUCCUACGGCAUCAGAGACACCAAUGAAACCUAUGACGUUUAUUGCUUUGCUAAAGACUUACAAGGCAAAGUCUUCUACAUAACCACCACUGAAAGAUAUGCUUUCAAGGAGGCAAUGGAAGCGUGCUUUGAUAAAGGUGCCCAGUUAGCCACCACGGGGCAGCUAUACUUGGCAUGGAAGGGUGGCAUGGAUCAGUGCAAUACUGGCUGGCUCGCGGACGGCAGUGUUAGAUACCCAAUAUCAAACCGAAGACUCAACUGCGGUGGCAACCUUUUAGGAGUCAGGACUGUCUACCGAUUCACCAACCAAACUGGCUACCCUGAUCCCAGCGAUCGUCAUGAUGCCUACUGCUUCAGUGGCAAGUUUGGUGUUGAAACAUUCACGGAUACUCCACUCGUCUACCCAGCUACAGAGCCGGAGGGGGCAUUUACUGAUGAAGGAAGUGCCUUUACCAUCCAAACCAUACCUGAUAAGGUGGAGGUGUUCUUCACGAAGACUACUGAACAGAAAGAAGUAAGGGGAGAUGUUUUCACACUUAGCCCUUUCACUCCAAUAUCUCUGCCAUUUGCCGAGGUGACCAUAUCUCCAGCCCCUGAAGAAGUCGUUACCGAGGGAAUGGUCCUACUCAACGUUUCAGGCCUACCAGAAGAACUAGUCAACGCCACCGAAGAGAUUUCCAGCCCAGAGGUGUCCGUGAGUGUGGUCGCCGUCUCUGUGGCCAUCGAAGACCUGACAGCCACAGCGGGACUGGGCGUCACUGAGGUUCCACCUCACACCCCCGCCACCAUUGAAGAGCUUGUUCCCAAGGCAACGGCGGCUCCCGAUGUCCUGGCAACGCGGCCUGAUGUCCUGACAGCAGCUCCACCUGCCGUGGAAACCCCAAUUACGGACGAAUUGGACCAGAGCGUGACUCUGUGUCCCAUCAGCCCAAUGGCUCCAACUGGGGUUGUUUUCCAUUACCGUGCUAUUUCGAGCAGGUACUCCCUCAACUUCACCGAGGCGCAGAUUGCCUGUCUGGAAAAUAAUGCCUUUAUUGCCUCUCCCGAGCAACUCCAGGCAGCCUACAAGCGAGGAUACAACCAGUGUGACGCAGGGUGGCUCUCAGAUCAGACCGUCAGGUACCCCAUGGUGGACCCCCGGGAGCGUUGCUUUGGAGACAAACAUGGCUUUCCCGGUGUAAGGAGCUACGGAGUUCGCAACCCUGAAGAAACUUAUGAUGUCUACUGCUACAUUGAGGCGCUAAACGGGAAGGUAUUCCACGCGACGGUGGCUGAUGGGUUCACGUACGAUGAAGCGGUUGACUACUGCGUCAGCCACAACGCUAAGAUGGCCACCACGGGGCAGCUGUACGCGGCGUGGAAGCAGGGCAUGGACAGGUGCCGCGCGGGCUGGAUCUCGGAUGGUAGCGUGAGGUACCCCAUCCAAACCCCUAGGCCCUACUGCGGCAAUGGGCAGGCCGGAGUCCGAACCAUCUACCUGAACGUGGAUCAGACCGGCUACCCCGACCCCCAUUCACGCUACGACGUUUACUGCUUCAGAGAGACCGUUGUCCCUGUGGUGACGGAGGAGCCAGCGGUGGUGAAGCUGACGGUGCCUGUGAUCCUGGUGGAGCAAGUCACGUGGACUCCCGAGGUUGCCAGGACCGUGCGGCCUGAGGAGGCGGAACAAGGCAGAACUGAUCUCUUCAUCAAGGAGACCGCUGAGCCGCCCACCGCCACCAUGGGUUUGAUCGAAGAGACCAUAGCAACCCAGGUGGCACCGCAUGUGGCGGUCUUGCCCCCUGAAUCAUCGAUAGCACCCCAGGCUACUGAGCCCACCACAGGAGCCAUCCCAGAUCUGUACAUCACAACCGAAGAGGCUGGAACCGUCUUUCCAUCGGCAACUCCCACAGCAGAACCCGGAUCUGCUGAUGUAACGCCUCUGCCAGAAGCUGAAGUGAGCGGGGAACCGUCUGGAAUACCUGAUAUUAGUGGACUGCCUUCUGGAAUACCCGACAUAAGUGGAGAACCUUCUGGAAUUCCAGAUGUUAGUGGAGAACCUUCUGGAAUACCUGACAUAAGUGGAGAACCUUCUGGAAUUCCAGAUGUAAGUGGAGAACCUUCUGGAAUACCUGACAUAAGUGGAGAACCUUCUGGAAUACCUGACAUAAGUGAAGAACCUUCUGGAAUUCCAGAUGUAAGUGGAGAACCUUCUGGAAUACCUGACAUAAGUGGAGAACCUUCUGGAAUUCCAGAUGUUAGUGGAGAACCUUCUGGAAUACCUGACAUAAGUGGGGAACCUGGAAUUCCAGAUGUAAGUGGAGAAUCUUCUGGAAUAUUGGAUACAAGUGGAGAACCUUCUGGAAUACCUGACAUUAGUGGGGAACCUUCUGGAAUACCCGACAUAAGUGGAGAACCUUCUGGAAUUCCAGAUGUAAGUGGAGAACCUUCUGGAAUACCCGACAUAAGUGGAGAACCUUCUGGAAUUCCAGAUGUAAGUGGAGAACCUUCGGGAAUACCCGAUAUUAGUGGAGAACCUUCUGGAAUACCUGACAUUAGUGGGGAACCUUCUGGAAUUCCAGAUAUUAGUGGGGAACCUUCUGGAAUACCUGAUAUAAGUGGAGAAUCUUCUGGAAUAUUGGAUAUAAGUGGAGAACCUUCUGGAAUACCUGAUCUACGUGGAGAACCUUCUGGAAUCCCUGACAUUAGUGGGGAACCUUCUGGAAUUCCAGAUAUUAGUGGAGAACCUUCUGGAAUACCUGAUAUAAGUGGAGAAUCUUCUGGAAUAUUGGAUACAAGUGGAGAACCUUCUGGAAUACCUGACAUUAGUGGGGAACCUUCCGGAAUACCUGAUCUAAGUGGGGAACCUUCUGGAAUACCUGACAUUAGUGGGGAACCUUCUGGAAUUCCAGAUGUCAGUGGAGAAUCUUCCGGAAUAUUGGAUAUAAGUGGGGAACCCUCUGGAAUACCUGAUAUCAGUGGGGAAUUUUCCGGAAUGCCUGAUUUUAGUGGAGAACCUUCUGGAAUGCCGGAGAGCAGUGGGGAGAAGUUGGAAGCUGUGGAUGUAAGUGGUGAAGCUUCAGGGAUUUGGGUGGUCCUCAUUACAACAGAGGACCAACAGUACCCAACGAUGCCCACUGAGUUUGUGGAGUUGGGGAAGGGACCGAUUGAAGAACAUAUUCCUGACACCAGUGGGGAGCCUUCUGGGAUCCCUGAAAUAUCCGCAGAAGCAUCCGGCAUUCCCGACCUAAGCGGGGAGCCCUCUGGGCUGCCUGAGAUCAGUGGGAGUCCGUCCGGCAUUCCCGAUAUAAGCGGAGAGUCAUCGGGGCUUGAUGUGAUGAGUGGGAUCCCAUCCGGCGUUCCCGACAUAAGUGGGGAGUCAUCCGGGGUUCCUGAGAUACAUGAGAUCCCAUCCGGUAUUCCAGAUACUAGUGGUGAGCCAUCUGGUAUUCCUGAAGUCAGCGGUGUGGCGUCUGGCGCUCCGGACAUAAGUGGGGAACCAUCUGGGACUCCGGUUGUGAGCGGAGAGCUGGACGUCACUGGAAAACCAGACGAGGUUAGCGGCGAACCUUCCGGAGUUUCCCAGACAAUCUUUACUUCGAGAAUCAUAGACAUUAGCAAAGAUCCUGAAGAGGAUGAAGAGCCUUCAGGAGCUCCUGAAGUUCCUGCUGAACCCUCCGUUAUGCCCGUCCCCAUAGCACCUGGUGUUACGGACUCUUCCAUUGCAAGACAGACGGUUGUGGAAACAACCCAUGUAGAAGUCAAACUGCCCGAGGAAGGUCAGCGUGAAAGCGAGGAGGUUUCUUCAGUAUCAAUAGACAGCUCAACGGCUGAAGAACAUCCAGAGACUGUGGAGGUCCUAGCAGUUACACCUCCCGCACCUGUCCUCCUCUCAACAAUUCCGCCUCAAAUCUCACCGGAUACUGUGGCAAUUGUCGAUGAGCCCACAACAGCAGAAGUUGUCCCUGACCCGUGCCAAGACAGCCCCUGUGGCCAAGGAACGUGCGUGGUGAGAGACGGCAGCUCCAUGUGUGAUUGCCCAGUUGGAUGGAUAGGCACGCAUUGUGAAAUAGAGAUUGAUGAGUGCCAUUCGAGCCCUUGUCUGAAUGGAGCUACCUGUAUGGAUGGCAUCGACUCUUUCAAAUGCUUGUGCCUGCCCAGCUACGGAGGAAACCUCUGUGAAAUUGAUGUGGAGAAGUGUGACGUUGGUUGGGCUAAGUUUCAGGGUCACUGCUACAAGCACUUUGCUGACAGACAGACUUGGGAGGAAGCGGAGCACCAGUGCAGGAAGCACGAAGCUCACCUGGCCAGUCUUAUCACUCCGGAGGAACAGGCCUUUGUCAACAGUUAUGCCCAGGAUUAUCAAUGGGUUGGAUUGAAUGACAAGACAAUCGAGGGGGAUUUCCGUUGGACCGAUUCCAGCCCAUUGUUGUACGAGAACUGGCGGCCCAAUCAACCUGAUAGUUUCUUCAGCACUGGCGAAGAUUGUGUGGUGAUGAUAUGGCAUGAGGGCGGCCAGUGGAAUGAUGUCCCCUGCAACUACCACUUGCCUUACACGUGCAAGAAGGGAACAGUCGCAUGCGGUCAACCUCCAGAGGUGAAACACGCCAAGAGCUUUGGAAAGAAGAAAGAGCGUUUUGAAAUUAAUUCCUUGAUACGAUAUCAGUGUAAAAACGGAUUCCUACAGCGUCAUUUCCCCAACAUCAAAUGUCAGCCAAAUGGCCAGUGGGAGCAGCCAAGGAUAGUCUGCAUAGACACCACCACGUAUUACCGUAAACCUCAGAAGAGAGUUGACACAAGCAGGUCACACACUCAAAAUGAAUCAAGUGCUUCACAGAGCUCUGCCCCUUAAGUGUAUAAAAAGUUAUAAUUCUGUUUCAGAACAUUUAUAUUAAGAAAAAAAUAAUAAUUUUGUCAGAUAAGAGAUUUGUUUUCCCAGCCUAUAUAUAAAACACCAAAGCAUCCCUAGAUCCAAUGCCUUUUUUUCUCGAUUUCAAGUCAAGCAUUAUCAUUUGGGUUGAAUUCUUCAGUCUGCCGUCCGUGCCUUUGGGAUGAGAUGCUGAAGAUUUUAUAUUCAACCUGCCACACAUCGUAAGAAGUACCGUACCAAGCUAACAGCUGGGCGGUGCCAGCUGAGAUACAUCGACAUAGUGUCAAACAAUGUUGGAAUGUAAAGUGCAAACUGAAUUGUUCCCAAAAAAAAUGCAACACAUUCACUGUUUUUAAUUGUUUUCAAAAUGAGAAAAAAAUAUAUAGUUUCUAUGCUGUGAACGCAAAUGCAAGUGAAUGUCUGGUGCAAUUCAACCAAGACCAUGCAGUGCAUGGCAAAAUGGUCUGUUAUUUGUUGAGGUGCAUGUUAGAAAUCAAAGUGCCAACCCCCGUGUCAAAUGUACCAGUCACUUCCAGCCUUCGUAAGUUCUGUUACACAAAAUAAAUCUUGCAUUUUCAUGACCUCCGAACUGGAAAACGAGCAAAAAAUAAGAUGGAUUUGGUUUAACUGUGAGGGGGAAAAAGAAAUUAUUUGACAAAAUGUGUCCUUGAACAUGUAAAAUAAAAUAUAAACCGUUAUAUUUUAUCCUGAGUACAGAAGACAAUAACAGCUUUUUAAACUAAUAAUAAUUCAAUGGAGUGUGUGUGUGUGUGUGAGUGUGUGCGCUUAUUUUAAUGAAACUGUGAAUGUUUGAGAGAUUACAGCAUGUGUCCGCACUCAGCUGGAAAUAAGUACAGAAAAAGCUUUGCUUUUAUUAAAUUUUAGUUCAAUGUAAAGAGGGGCUGGUGACUGUAAACCGGUUUUGAAACUUGUGGAAACAAAUUGAAUCAUUGACAUUCCUCCCAAUUUGAGCCCAACAUUCAGAGAAUUUCUUUUGUUUUAAAGGGAAAUAUCCUCUAGUAGCAACGGCAAACCUGGUUCCCUUU